AUGCAUUUGGAUUCCGGUGUAUUGCCACGUCGUUAUAUUGAUUCUGUUACAAAACAACCUUCGCCUGAUAUUGAAGACCGCAUUAAACGUAUAACAGACACAACAAUGACGCCGGUUGGUCUAUGGUCAAGGCUACGCGGUCCGGCUGCAACACGAGAAACUCGAAUGGAAGUUGUCGCAUGGAUAGCUGUAUGUAUAUUUCACUGUAAAUUAGAAGGUGGCUUCGUUCGCGAUUGGAUAGUAGCCAACCAAACCGCUCGACCACCAACGUCUAUACAACCCAAACAAUGGGUUACACGCCCAAAUAAGAUUCCUUGCAUAGACAAAGCCUGUAUUCCAUCGGAUCUCGAUUGCCAAUUACCAAUAGAUCACUAUUUUGAUAUUGAGCAUUUUCUUGAUGAAAUGCAUAAGUAUGAAAUUCAAACAGAAGUAUUUCGAGAAAAUUGGCGCUAUAUUUUACUUUUUGAUGAAGAUUAUCCUACUGGUCCGUUUACCAUGGAUUUAAUCGAACAUCACAUAGCAGCAACGCACGAUCGAAUUGAUUUUGACGUCAAUAAUCUUUAUGUCAUGCGUGGUUUUUGUACAGACUUGGGACAACGUGUUAAUCUAAGUCAUGAGCCAUUCUUGAUUGAUUUAGAACAAAUUGUUCAAAAGAUAAAACAAAAACAGUUCAGCAUACUUCGUCCACUUGAUGACAUAAUGAAAGUUCGCCGUGAUAAGAUGAUAGCUCGUGGAUGGAUACAAAUUGGAGAAGAACAAAACUAUAUACCGCCUCCAAAAGACAAGAGUAAAGACAAAUUCGUUGUUACUGAAGUACCGAAAAGCUCACCUAUCUAUCAGUUGAUCGAAAACAAAAUGCAAACUAUCCCUAACGUGAAAGUUCAAAAAUUGGUGCAAAUUCGUAAUCCAGGUCUCGAUGACGUAUAUCAUUCAAUGAAAAACUUAAUUAGUGGUCAAUGUGUCAAUAACAAUGCAAACGAAUUAUAUCUUUUUCAUGGUACAAGUGCUGAUAACGUCGAAAGUAUAAUGGAAAUGGGUUUUGAUGAUCGCUAUUUUAGCAGUGAUGGCCUUUACGGUCACGGGGCUUACUUUGCUGGCAAUCCUCUCAAGUCUCAUCAAUAUACGAAAAAAUCAGAAGUGGAGCAAACUUGUAAAAUGUUUUAUUGUAGAGUAACACUUGGACAAUUAUACGAUAUCACAGUAACAGAUCGCUCUCUAGUUGCUGCCCCAAAGAACUAUCACUCCGUUUGUGGUUUGGCAAAUCCAAGCAUGCCUGAAUACAUUGUUUAUCGCAAUGCUCAAGCUUUACCAUACAUUCUUAUUACUUACACAGCAUGA